AUGGAAAAACUGCUCUUGUAUCUGCUGUUCAUUGGCUUAGCGGUGAAGGCCCAGAUCUGCCCCAAGCGCUGCGUGUGCCAGAUCCUGUCUCCAAAUCUCGCGACACUUUGUGCCAAGAAAGGGCUUUUGUUUGUCCCUCCCAACAUUGACAGGAGGACCGUGGAGCUGCGGCUGGCGGACAACUUUGUGACCAACAUCAAGCGGAAAGAUUUUGCCAACAUGACCAGCCUGGUGGAUCUGACCCUCUCGAGGAAUACAAUUAGUUUUGUUACACCCCAUGCCUUUGCCGACCUGCGGAACCUGAGGGCUUUGCACCUGAACAGCAACCGAUUGACCAAAAUCACGCACGACAUGCUCAGCGGGCUCUCGAAUCUGCACCAUUUGAUACUGAACAAUAACCAGCUGACGUUGAUCUCCUCCACGGCGUUUGAUGAUGUGUUGGCUCUCGAGGAGCUGGAUUUGUCUUACAACAACCUGGAGACGAUUCCGUGGGACGCUGUGGAGAAGAUGGUCAGCUUGCACACUCUUAGUUUGGACCACAACAUGAUCGACAGCAUCCCCAAGGGGACGUUCUCCCACCUCCACAAGAUGACCCGGUUGGACGUCACGUCCAACAAGCUGCAGAAGCUGCCCCCUGACCCUCUCUUCCAGCGAGCCCAGGUCUUGGCCACCUCAGGGAUCAUCAGCCCCUCCACGUUUGCCCUGAGCUUUGGGGGGAACCCCCUGCACUGCAACUGUGAACUCCUGUGGCUGAGGCGGCUGUCCAGGGAGGACGACCUGGAGACGUGCGCGUCCCCCCCUCUCUUGUCUGGCCGCUAUUUUUGGUCAGUCCCUGAGGACGAGUUCCUGUGUGAGCCCCCCCUCAUUACGAGACACACCCAUGAGUUAAGGGUGCUGGAGGGCCAGAGAGCUAUCCUGCGGUGCAAAGCCCGUGGCGAUCCGGAGCCUGCCAUCCACUGGAUUUCCCCGGAGGGCAAGCUGAUUUCCAACGCCACGCGGUCCCUGGUGUACGACAACGGCACUCUGGAUAUCCACAUCACCACCAUGAAGGACACGGGGGCCUUCACCUGCAUCGCUUCCAACCCCGCGGGGGAAGCCACGCAGUCUGUAGAUCUGCACAUAAUAAAACUGCCUCACAUACUGAACAGCACAAGCCACAUCCACGAGCCGGACCCCGGCUCCUCGGACAUCUCCACUUCCACCAAGUCUGGCUCAAACGCCAGCAGUAGCAACGGGGAGACAAAAAUUAGCCAGGACAAGAAGGUGGUGGUGGCAGAAGCCACCUCCUCCACUGCCCUGCUGAAGUUUAAUUUCCAAAGGAAUAUACCUGGAAUACGUAUGUUCCAAAUUCAGUACAAUGGGACUUACGACGACUCCCUUGUCUACAGGAUGAUCCCCCCCACGAGCAAAACCUUCCUGGUGAACAACCUGGCGGCCGGGACGGUCUACGACUUGUGUGUGCUGGCGAUCUACGACGACGGCAUCACCUCCCUGACGGCCACGCGGGUGGUGGGCUGCAUCCAGUUUGCGACGGAGCAGGACUACGUGCGCUGCCACUUCAUGCAGUCCCAGUUCCUGGGGGGCACCAUGAUCAUCAUCAUCGGGGGCAUCAUCGUGGCCUCCGUGCUGGUCUUCAUCAUCAUCCUGAUGAUCCGCUACAAGGUGUGCAACAACGGCGGGCAGCACAAGGCCACCAAGGUCAGCAACGUCUACUCCCAGACCAACGGGGCACAAAGCCAGGGGUGCAGCGCAGCCGCCGUGCCCCCGUCGGGCUCCAAGCAGGCCGUGGUGCACGAGGAGGGCCUGCAGGGGGGCAAGCACAGCAGUGACAGUGCCGUGCCCUCAUCAGACACCUGCUCCAGCCAGGACUCCUCCGCGGCUACCUCCUCUCAGCCCCACGGGUGGACUCAGAGCUCUUCCCAGAAGCCGUCGCGCAGGCCACUGCCAAAGCACAGCAGCGAGCUGCCGCCCCCGAGCGAAGGGGCCACUCCCAGCCUGGAGUCCCAGAACACGAACCGCAACAACUCCACGGCGCUGCAGCUGGAUAGCCGGACUGUGCCCACGCACAAAAGAGCACAAGCCAAGCAAAGUAAGUUCCUCACUUUGCCGGCCGACCCCUCGCGGGCCAAGCGCAGGUACUCCCUGAACGGAGAAUUGAUGGAAUACCAUUGCUAUAUCCACUCCCCAGCCCCGGGGGGAUUUUGGUCCAAGCGGAGCUUGUCUAUGAAUGGGAUGUUCGUGCAGAGAGAUGGUGUCGAGAGGGAUAGUGGCAAAGCAACUUUCCCCAGUUCUGAGUGGAUAUUGGAAAGCACUGUGUGA